AUGCCUCUCGUACUAACCCUUUCAACAUGGGCUAUGGGAUUCGUUUGUCUUGGACUUGUCUAUUUAAUUUUAAGUCGCUAUUUCCCGAUGGCAAAGAGGAAAACUCUUGGAAUUCCCGGUCCCGAUCCAUUGCUUUUGUUGGGAAAUCUAAAGCUGAUUGGCGAUAUUAUGAAUAAAAACGGUGCCCUCCUCUACAACGUGUUCGAGGUGCUACGGGAUCGGUACGGUGGCCGCUAUUCGCUCUUUUUCGGUCCCAGACUCUUCAUCAUCACCGAGGAAUUAGAAGACAUUCGAGAGAUUCUUGUCAAAAAAUUCGAUCAUUUUUCUGAUCGUCAAGAAAUGAAUUUCCUCUCAGACUCACUCCGCGAAGCGAUCGUCAAUCAAAAAGGGCAAAUCUGGCGUCACUCGCGCGCCAAACUCUCCCCAGCUUUUACGACAGCCAAAAUACGAGCAAUGAGCGCCUCGGUGCACCGGAACUCGGAAAUUUUCCUCGAACUCCUCCACGACGACGCACUCAACAACAAUUAUUUUGACAUCUAUGACCUCUACAAGCGUUUAACUCUAUCAGUGAUUGCCGACUGUGCUUUCGGUUUUGAGGCGGAUUGCCUGCGAAAUUCGGAUUGUCCUUUCGCUUUCCACGCAGCGAACUACUUCCGACAGAUGCCAAGCCCGGAAAAUAGUGCGCUUAUGGGCAUUUCAGUGGUGAUUCCUGAGGUGGCACCGAUUUGUGAAUGGCUUCAUUGUCGGUUGAGCGAUGCGGGUAAAUCGGAGGCGUGGAUGAGCGAGGCGUUGAGGAGAGUGAUUGAGGGGCGGAUUCGGGGAAUGGAAACGGAUCGAAAUGAUGUCAUUUCUUUGCUAAUCAACUCAAAUUUGCCGACAAACGAGAUCGUGAAUAACGCGUUCGCUUUUCUCCUCGCCGGCUACGAGACAACGUCGACAGCGCUAGCUUUUGCCACGUGGCUUCUCGGAAAAAAUGAGAAUAUUCAAGAAAAACUUGCCAAUGAACUGAAAACCCUUCCCGAUCAUCAAAAAACGAAUGACUACUAUGAUCAGGUGAUGACUCUACCCUAUCUAAACGCCGUCUACAAAGAGGCGCUCCGACUCUACCCGCCGAUCACAUUUUUCGUCAAUCGAACCUGUGUUGCCGAGUGCGAGGUGGGCGGUGUGCGGUACGAGAAGGGCACCCAGGUGGGCAUCCCGAUUUGGAAUGUGCACCGAAAUGCUGAAUUCUGGCCUGAGCCCGACGAGUUUCGUCCGGAAAGAUUCCUGUCGGGGAAACCGCAAACGCCGUUUACGUGGCUACCGUUUGGGGCAGGUCCUCGAGGCUGUGUGGGGCAACGAUUCGCCGAAAUGGAAUUCAAGAUCGUUUUGGCGAGAACGUUGAGCAGAUUUCAGAUUGUGUUGAGUCCAGAAAUUCAGGAUCGUCUUGAGUUGAGCAAUCCAACCGCGAUGCUUUCCACUCCAAAAAUUUCGAUUUUAAUCAAAUCAAGAGAUUCG